AUGCUCGCCGAGGCUGCUCAUCCGUGGGUCGCUGCCAAGGUCGCUGCGAGUAUGCCGAAUGCACCCACGGCAGCUCGCAUGGCGCAUGCUGCAAGUGUCUCAGGGCCCGCCAGCUCACUCUUCGUCGUCGGCAACCCUGCACACAACGAGUUCGAGAGCACGCCGCCCAAUGAGGGCGCUGUCGAUGGCGAUGUGCUGCGCUUGGACCGCACGCACGACAGCUUAGAUGAUCUCUCCGCCAAAGUGCUGGACGCGAUUCGGUGGGCGGUGGUGCACUGGCGAUUUGACUAUCUCUUCAAAGCGGAUGAUGACACGUAC